AUGCCAGAAUACCAUCCUGGCCAUGGUCACAGAGAACGAGGAGAUGCUGGUGAUCCACGGAGUCGUUUCAAAUUUAUGCGACCAGAUGACCGACCCGAUAAAGUACGUACUGGUCCAUUGGUGUUUGAAGAUCGUUUGACAGAGCCAUCGGGAUCUACUGAUCCUCAAGAAGUGUUGACUGUAUAUAAUAAUCCUUAUGCCUCAUUGAACAUGAAGCAACAACGAGCUCGGCUUCCAAUUUAUAAGGUGAGGUUUUGA